CAAGCUGGGACAGAACCGGUAGAGCAAGAAUCAGUGCUUGGGAAAUGCACUCUUCCAGACAGCCUGCCUCUCUUCCAGACAGCCUGCCUCUCUUCCAGACAGCCUGCCUCUCUUCCAGACAGCCUGCCUCUCUUCCAGACAGCCUGCCUCUCUUCCAGACAGCCUGCCUCUCUUCCAGACAGCCUGCCUCUCUUCCAGACAGCCUGCCUCUGGAUACCCUACCCGUGGCUGGUGACUCUUAGAAAGUGAAAUCUAAGAAAAGGAAGGCUAUCACAGGAGAGACGGACGGACGGACGGACGCAGAGGCAGAGGCACUCCUAACUGAUAAUGUCUCUCAAGAUUACUGUUUCAAAGCGAAUGGGUGCUGGGAUUCAAACCUAGGUCCUCUGGAAGAACAGUCAAUGCUUUUAACCCCAACUUGGUUUUGUGGGGUUUGGUUUUCUUUUUGUUACGUAUAAUCCUAUCUGUGUAUCUCCCAUGCGUGCAUGGGUGUUCACAGAGGCCGGAAGAAAGCAUUAGAUCCUCUGGAGCUGGAGCUGCGGCCACUCUGAGCCACUGCACAUGCGUGCUAGGAACCAGACUGCUUUUAACUGCUGAGCAGAUCUCCAGCCCCCAAUUUGAUAUAUUUCUUGUACAGGUUCUGUCAGUUCUAAUAAACACGGAGGGAAGAAAAAAAAACUGAAACGGAGUCUUACUAUCCCUUUUUGGUUGUUCUCUCUAGAGAGAGAACCCAGACCCUCACACACAUAGCAGGCAAGUGCAUUAGCUACAUGUGCAUGAGCUACAUCUACAUUACCAGCCUUCUUGUCCAAAAAUACAAUAAAAUAAAUUUUUUUAGACUGGGUCUCAUAUAGCUCAAGCUGGCCUUAAAUUCACUAUGUAGCCAAUGCCGGCCUUGAACGUCCUCUGCUGGUAGGUAGCGUGAGUUCUGGAACCAAAGAUAUCUCAGCACCCAGUCCUUCCUAGCCUUCUUUUGUCCUUUAUCACCAGUUGAGCAGGCUGAGCUCGGAACAAGAAGGAGGGACAGCAGAAGCAGCAGCAAGUGGUAGCAGGCUGAGGACAGCAGCAGUGACAUUGGCAGAGGUGGCAGUAGUGAAUAAAAAAAAAAAAAAAAUGCAAAAACCGCAGGGAGCAGAGGCCUAGGGACAUCAGGGACGAAGGAAUAAGACCAGGUCACAGGACCCGGUCAGUGGAAGAUUUCUAAAGCUGUGCUAACUCUAAAGAGCCAAGCAGUCCAGAUACCCUAGGUAUGAGGACUGUACAACUGGCCACAGUCAAGAGCUGAGGACUGUGAUAGCCUGGACCCAAGAGCCCUAAGGCUGUCACUUACGGCCAGGAGAUUGGCUUACCCAUCUGCUGCUCCCUGAGGUGAGCUGCUGUGAGCUGAGGUGAGCUGCUGUGAGCUGAGGUGGGCUGCUGUGAGCUGAGGUGAGCUGCUGUGAGCUGAGGUGGGCUGCUGUGAGCUGAGGUGGGCUGCUGUGAGCUGAGGUGGGCUGCUGUGAGCUGAGGUGGGCUGCUGUGAGCUGAGGUGGGCUGCUGUGAGCUGAGGUGGGCUGCUGUGAGCUGAGGUGGGCUGCUGUGAGCUGAGGUGGGCUGCUGUGAGCUGAGGUGGGCUGCUGUGAGCUGAGGUGGGCUGCUGUGAGCUGAGGUGGGCUGCCCCACGCUGCCGCUGGAAGCUGAGGCUUCUGAUUAGCUGCCACUCAACGGUGGUUAAAGCCCAGGGCAACACGCCUCAACUAGCCAGCCUAAAACUGUAUGGCGAUGUCUUCUAAAGCGUAGAGCAACAAGCCAGUCUCAGGGCUUAGAGCUGCAAGUCUCUGGAUCCACCAGAUCAGCCUCUAAACUGGCACUCAAGGGCUCAAGGACUGUCAGCCCAGAAAGAGCUUUUCUUUGCCUACCCACAAUUCCUAGCUGGAUAGAACAUUCGGAUCCCAGACAGCUGUCAGGAAUGGCACUGAGGACGACUUAGACCCUGAGGAGUCAGGGCAUUAAUUAAGAGCAAAAUAUCAGCUCUGACAGGGAAGGUUUAACUGACAAUAAACAUAGAUCUCUGUAGCCUCACCUCCUACUUUGGAAAAAGUAAGCAACAUUUUCUGCAAUUAGGGUCAGCGACAGCAAAUGUAAUGAUAACUGUGGUAUCAGCUAAUAUUUAUUGAGUGUAAACCAUGUUUAGUGUGCUACACUAACAGAGGUAAGUGUUCCUAGCCACUGAGGUUCAACCGUCAUAGGGAAUCUGAAACAAGGGGAUUACGUGUCUAAAGCUAGCACCAGGCCAGCCUUGGUUACAUAGAGACCCCAUCCCAAAAUUAAUUGAUGGAUUUAAUUAAUUCUAAAACUGGGCAAAAGACAUCAAAUUUAUUCCUCUAGAGAAGAUACAAGAAGGCAAGCAACACAUGAUAAACUACUCAACUAUGGCUGAGAAAUGAGAUGUCUGAGUGAUGAAGAAUACUUACUGCUCUUCCCGAGGACCCUGAUUCAAUUCCCAGCACCCACAUGGCAAACCAUAACUGUGGGUAACUCCAGUUCUACGGGAUAUGGUGCCCUCUUCUGUUCUCCAAGGCUACUGCACACACACACACACACACACACACACACACGUACACACGCGCACACGCGUACACACGCGCACACGCACACACACAUUUUUUUCUUAAAGGAUGCUCAACUGAAGAAGUAUAAUUUAGGACCACAAAUUAUUAAUUGUUAAAGUCAGGUAGGACUGUAAUUCUGAGCCUCAGAAGUUAAAGAGCACUGGCUGCUCUUGAAGAGGGCCCAGGCUCAGUUCCCAGCACUCAUAAGGCAGCUCACAACCUUCUAGAACUCCAGGGCCAGGACUUCUAAUGGCCUCUUCUGGCCUCCAAGGACACCAGACAUGCACAGCGUGUACAGACUGCAUAUAGACAAAAUAUCCAUACGCAUAAAACAGGAGGAAAACUGUUAGCUCAAGGCUAGCCUGAUCUACAAAGCGAGCCAGGGCUAUGGGAGGAUCCUGUCUCAUUAAAAAAAAAAAAAAAAAAAAAAAUUCAGUUGUUAAGACACUAAUGAUAAAAAAAUAAUAGUAAUAUAGUUUAGCUAUUUCACAGUGGCCAACAGAAUAUAUAAGAAUUCUAUGUUAGCAGUUUCAUUGUCCAAUCGAAACUGUAGUUGGAGAGAUGGCCCCACAACUAAGAGCACUUGCUGAUCUUUCAGAGAAGCCGGGUUAGGUUCCCAGCACCCACACAGAGGCUCACAACCAUCUACAACUCCAGUUCCAGAGAUGACACCCUCUUCUAUCCUUCAAGAACACCAAACAGCCGGCCGUGGUGGCGCACACCUUUAAUCCCAGCACUUGGGAGGCAGAGGCAGGUGAUUUCGGAGUUCGAGGCCAGCCUGGUCUACAGAGUGAGUUCCAGGACAGCCAGGGCUACACAGAGAAACCCUGUCUCGAAAAACCAAAACAGUCUUUCCGCCAUCUUGGCGCCUGUGGAGGCCUGCUGGGAACAGGACUUCUAAAAGCAAGUAUGCCUGGAAGGCUGUGGUACAAGGCCAUUUUUGCUGGAUACAAGCGAGCUCUCUGGAACCAAAGAGAGCGCACUGCUCUUCUUAAAACUGGAGGUGUUUAUGCCCGAGAUGAAAUGGAGUUCUACUUAGGCAAGAGAUGUGCGUAUGUGUAUAAAGCAAAACACAAUACAGCAACUCCUGGAGGCAAACCAAACAAACCCAGAGUGAUCUGGGGAAAGGUAACUGGGGCCCACAGAAACCAUGGAAUGGUUCGUGCCAAAUUCGGAAGCAACCUUCCUGCGAAGGCCAUUGGACACAGAAUCCGAGUGGUGCUGUACCCAUCCUGGAUUUAAACUAAUGGAGAGUAAAUAAAUAAAAGUAGAUUUGUGCUCUUAAAAAAAAGAGAGAGAGAGAGAGCCGGGCGUGGUGGCACACACCUUUAACCCCAGCACUCGGGAGGCAGAGGCAGGCAAAUUUCUGAGUUCGAGGCCAGACUGGUCUACAAAGUAAGUUCCAGGACAGCCAGGGCUACACAGAGAAACCCUGUCUCAAAAAAAACAAAAAACAAAAAAAACAAAAAAAAACAAAAAAAAAAAAGAAGAAGAAGAAGAAAAGAAAAAAGAAAAACCAAAAUUAAAAAAAGAGCACCAAACAUUCACACACUCGCACACACAUAUACACAUAUAUACACCUAUACACAUAAAAUAAAAAUGAAAUUUUAAGGGGAAGGGGCUGGAGAGCUGGUUCAACAUUAAGAGCUCUGGUUGUUCUUGCAGAGGACCUGGGUUCUGUUCCUGCAGAAGCAGCUGGAGCUCUGUGAGUUCAAAGCCUCAUAGCAAGUUCUAAGCCAAUGAGGACUCAUAGUGAGAUCCUGUUAUAAAAUUAAACUUAAUUAAUUAAUUAAAAUAUAAAUAUAAUAGAGCCCUUCUCGAUGAGAUCCUUACAUAGAGGUUUUAUUCAGAAUAUGCAGGUGGGCUUACAAAGCAACUUACUAUAAAGGUAUAACCCAACAGAAAAGGCAGAAAAGCCACUUGUGCGACACACUAAUACAUACUUAGAAUCUAAGUAACAGUAGGCCAGCAAGACCCAGCUGUGUGCUAACCACAUCGACAAGCUAUAAUCACAGAACAAGUGGAUAAUUCAAGGAGAAACAGUGCUCUAGGGUUAAGAGUAGGCUUAAAACAGCAGCAAGCCAAUUACUGCUGAACAGAACCAUGCAGUCAACAUAGAAGACAAUGCAGGUUUCACAAACUCAUGUUUUCCCUACUACCCACACCAAAGGAACUGAUAUCAGCAGUGUUUUCAAGCUUAAAAUAAAUUCUUUCACACACACACACACACACACACACACACAUGCACACACACGCACGCACACACACAUACACACACGCACGCACGCACACACACACAUACACACACACACACGCACACAUACACACACACACACACACACACACACACCCACACCCGCGUGCGCGCGCGCGCGGCUUAACUACACUAUACAGUGGUCUUACCCUCAGUCCCCAAACUCUUGAGCCUAACUAAAGAAUGCACACACAUAUGUCCACUCCACUGCCAAUAGUCACGUCUUCUGGUUGAAUAACAUUUUUAAAAACUCUGUAUUACCAGCAAUCCAAUGUUAACUUAGGGUCUGGGUCAGUAAAAAGGCCUCCUGGGAAGAAUCGCCCAACACUUCUAACCUGCUUAUAAGUAACCACAAGUUCGUCACAGGACGCUGGCUGCUGUUCUAAGCUAAGCCACAUCUUCACGCCGAGAGAGAACGGCUAAAGGUUUGGAGCUUCCACAGAAUGUGAACAGCGAUGAAGUGCGCUUCAAAACCCACGCCUACGAGCCACCGAGCCACCGAGCCGCGCGUGAACACUUGACAGUAGAUGCUGGCCUCUGGUGAAGCCUCACUGUCCAGAACAAAGGGUUUAUAAACCUCAAACAUUUAAGAGCUCAGGAUCAAUUCAACUAUCCAACAGUCGGCCUGAGCUUCAGAGACCCCUCCACAGCUAAGCGUGGCCUCACUGAGUGUCCACAAAGCUCCAGGCAAGCAGCGUAUGAACCCAGAGUCUAAUACCCAAUAACCAUAGGCAAGAUGAAGGCAUAACUAACCUCCAUGGGACAUUCAGAAAAAAUAAAACGGGAGGUGGGACCAUCCUGAGGGACAGUUUGCCAUGGCUAUUUCAACCUUUAUAUUUGGUAUUAUGUGACAACUCAGACCCAUGAAAAGAAAGGAACGGGAUCAAAUGACUUCAAUUUAACUUUCUGUUCUAUUCAAGCUUUGCAGUGAGCUAUCACAAAUACUUGAAGUAGCUCCGUGUGGUGGCAUACACUGGCUCAAGUUUCCAGGCCAGUCUUGAUUACACAGGGAAUCUGAGAUCAGAGCAGCCUAAACGGUAAGACCUUUGUCUAAAAACAAAAACUAAAACUAAACAAACAACAACAACAAAAAUCAAGCACAUGUCUGGCAGUUAGAUCAUUUUCAAUGAAUGAAAGAAAUAUAAAAGGCCAAUAGUAACCAGCAACUGAUAGAGGCAAAAACCUCUGCAAAUGAAGGAACAAGUACACCCAGGCAAGCCUACUGAAAAUGUUCUACGCUACUGACAUUGCUCUAUAGCUACAACGCUCUGAAGACAGCACUCACAUUUGCAUGUGUGGAUGAGGAGACCUGUACGGGACAAGUGGUUCCUUCUCCAUUAGAAACACUGACCAAAGCACCUCCUUUGCAAUCAUUUCUACUGCAAGGGUCCUGCCUGUACAGACAGAGUCAGUGAGCAAGCGCCAUCCCUUAUACCUGAGUUGAGUGCUACCAUCAGCCAAGCGGGUAAUAAAAUUACCACUUUGAAGUAACUAAACUUUCUCAAAACAUUAAAUGUGAGCUGUUGGACAAAGGCCAGUUGAACAGAUGCAAAAAAUAAAUCCUCUUUUGCAACCCAGAACUCACUGCUCAGUAUGAGUUUUGAUGCAUACAAGAAGGAAUAUAAGCACAUAGGUGUUAUUGAUGAAGCUGGUUCUAGCAAUAUCAUAUACAGUCUAUCUUAUAAAGGUAAUGCAGUAGAUGAAUGUUCUAGCAAUAUUAUAUAUAGUUUAUCUUAUAAAGGUAAUGCAGCAGAUGAAUAUUCUAGCAAUAUCAUAUAGAGUCUAUCUUAUAAAGGUAGUGCAGUAGAUGAACAUUCCUUUUUUUUAAAGGCUUGUCUUGAUUAUGAAGUCAGAACUGGAAGAUACCAAUGAAUGGAUGUUUGUUUCAGUGUUGCACUGGCAUUUCCUUCGUAAAGAGUCGAGUUCUGAGUGUUAGGAAUGGAGAUGAGAAGACUCUUCAGAGAUAUUGGGUGACACAAGUGAACCCUACCUUAAAAUGGUUUAAAGAUAAUUGAAGGGUCCCUAAAGUAAAUUGAAGAAAUCCUCAAAUCUUCUGGGCUAGAUGACAUUUGAGAAAAGUGACCUGGAUGGACAGCAAAGGAAUCAAAUCCCUUAAAUAAUUUAUUUGACUUAAUUUCUAAAAAUAAAUAAUUAUAUACAGUAAAAAAGAAAAACAAACAAACAAACAUUAAAUGUGGAGAGUCAGGCAUGUGGGCUAUAUCUGGAAGGGAAAGGUAAGAGGCCUUUAGUUUAAGGCCAACCUGAAAGGCUGACAUGGGGACGCACCCCUUUAAUCCCAGGCAGGCGGAUCUCUGAGUUCGAGGCCAGCCUGGUCUACAUACUGAGUUCCAGGCCAGCCAGGGCUCCACAGAGACCCUGUUUCAAACCAAACCAAACAAACACAAAGCCAACCUGGACUACAUAUUAAAUUCCAUUCUACUUUGGGCUACAGAGAGAGAGUGUAUGUGCCUCAAAAGCAAACAAGUCGGGUGUAGUGUCACAUGCUUGCAUCCCAGCACCUGCUUAGUAGAGACAGAUGGGAGGAUCGGGAAUUUGACAUCAUCUAAGGUGUACUUAAGACUGAGGCCUGUCUGGGCUUCAGGACAACCUGAUCUCAAAGGAAAAAAAAAAAAAAAAAAAGCGUUGCUAGGUCGUGAGUAAUUCUUCACUGUUAUAGUUGUAUUUUGUAAGACAGUCUAGUGCUAUAGCCCAGGCUGCCCUUAAACUAGAGGCAGGCCUCAUGAUUCCGUCCCUGGAGUUUUCGAUUGCAGGCACAAGCCACAACACCUUGCUUGAUCCAGCAGUAUCACUGACAACUGAAAGGACGGACUCUGGGUAUUAUUCAUAAUAGCCCAAAGGCAUCAGGCAACCUAGAUGCCCACUGAGGAUGGAGAAACAAAUCAACAGGGUUACAGGAUGCUCUGGUGAGCACCUGGGCUCAGCUACUCAGAGGAUGAGGCAAGAGUCCUAUUUGAAUCCAGGAAUUCAAUGGCUUAGUGCAUAUGGCCCUAAAUUCAAUCCCCCGUGCACACAGGCAUGUACACACACACACUCGCGCGCGCGCACACACACACACACACACACAGAGAACCCCAUUAUCUACAAAAAUGCACAGAAUACCUCCACUCACUGGGACAGGAGGGAAACAGCAGAAUCAUGAUUGACAGAGGCUUGGCACAGACGGAAAAUGAGGAGUUGCUGUUUAGUGCACAGUGACCGUCUUCAUUUUGGAAGAAAAAAGUUCAUAUUAGUGAUGGUGUCCAGCCAUGAGAGUAUCUAAUGCCGUGGUCUGUACACUUAAAUGUGGUCUGUACACUUAAAAUGGUCAAAUGUCCUCUAACCCGAUUCUGGUUUAGUAAAAGUCUGUGUUUUAUUUGCUUCUUUGUUUAUUUGAGACGGAGUCUCCCUGUGUAGACCUGCCUGAGCUGGACUUAUAUUUUACCACAGUAAUUAAUAAAUGAAUGAAUAAAUAAAUAAAUCAAACAACCAAGAAAGAAACCUUGCCGACUAGAGCCCAGAAUCAGGCCCUCAAUACAAAGGGACGGGUCGGGCAUCCUCCUAACGCUGCACGAAUGCUGGGGGCGGGGGGGGGGGGGGGGAAUAAGGAAGCUGAGCCCUGCUCUGCGGGUCUGGUGGUCGAAUGAUGAAGGAGCUCCUCCUUCCCUGAGACAAAACAAAUGCGAGCCUCUCCUACCCGCCUCCUGCGAAGGCAGUGAGACUGGUCUAAGCGGUUGUACUUCUGAGAGAGAAGUAAUGGGCUCCAGAAGGACGGUAGCUCUGCCACCCCCAGCUUCAAUACCCUGGCUCUAUGGUGGGAAGUCACAGGUAGUGAUUAAAAAAAAAAAGUACCUAGAAAGUUGACUGUUCAGCACCUGGAACACACAACCUCAACAAAAGAAAAAGCCCCCCCCCUCCUCCCUCCCCUUCUGUUAUCCAGUAGCAUCUGUAGCCUGAGCAGCCUCUAAGGACCAUGCUGGUGUUUUGGUAACCUACAGCCCCUCCCUCAGGCCCCAGCUGCUUCUCUGUUCUAUCCAUUCUGGGUUUCCUGUCUAUAUUUAGAUAUAA